AUGUAUGUGUUGAAGGCAAAUAAGCUCAUCAGAUUCUACAGAACCGUCACAGGAGCUGGCCGCGGCAUCGGCCUCAGCAUUAUCAAGUGUUUGCUGAAAGACACGGGCCCGGACACAGUUAUCUUCGCGGUUGAUGUGCUAAGCGAGAACCUGGAGGAGUUGCAAAAGUCCCAACCUCGACUUGAGAUCGUCCUUGGUGACGUAUCUCAGCGGUCAACUAGCGAGAAGCUCCUAGAACGCAUCCACGCCCGAGACUGUCGCUUGGAGACGCUGAUUCUAAAUGCCGGAGUGCUGAAACCUAUUGGGCCCAUUGUGGAGGUGGAUGUGGACCAGUUUAAGCGUUUAUUCGAUAUCAAUUUCUUUGCGCUGAUUUACACUGUGAGUCUCCUUGAUUAUCUGUGGAGGUUUUGA